AUGGUAGAUCCCGCUAAGAUUGAGGCCAUUGGUGAUUGGGCCAAGCCCAUCUCUGUGACAGAGAUUCAUAGCUUCGUCGGAUUGGCAGGCUACUACAGGCGUUUUGUUGAGGGAUUUUCUACUAUAGCAACGCCUUUGACUCGAUUGACUCGCCAGGAUGUUCCGUUUGUGUGGUCGGAGGAGUGUGAGAGGAGCUUUCUGAGGCUGAAGGAGUUGCUUACCAUUGCUCCUAUAUUGACUCUUCCAGGAGUUCGGUGCGAGAUCUAUACUGAUCAUAUGAGCCUUCAGUACAUUAUGAGCCAGAGGGAUCAUGCUCAGUCAUCUCUGCUGGAUCGGAUUCGCAGCCGCCAGUUUGAGGAUGAGGACUUAGUGGCACUUCAAGAUCGAAUUUUGGGAGGUGACACUGGCCUGGCUACCUUAGAUUUAGAUGGGGUUUUAAGAUUUGGUGAUCGACUUUGUGUUCCAAGAGUUGGGGGUUUGAUUUAG